CAAUGACUAAGUUUCCACCGAGGGUUCGAAUAGGGUCAGAGUCGUGUCAGAGUCGGGUCAGAGUCGGGUUGGCUCGCCUGUUUCCACCGGAUCAAAAUUAUAGUAGGGUUGUGGUGGGGUUGCGGCAAGGUUGAAUGUUACCAACUGUAUACAAGUUGAAUUAAAAUGGAUCCAAGAGCUGUAAUAUUAAUUUUACAGUAUCAAAAUAACAUGCAGAAAUUAUUCCUUAUUUUACAAAAUCGGCGACGAAAACUAGCACAAAGGUUAUGGCAUAUAAUAUUUGAUAUUACAAAUACAUAUUUACUUGCAUUUGGACAAAUAAUAGCAAUGCAAAGUUUAAGACAACCUCCACGAAUGUGGAUGAAAGCCAGAAGUUCUGACUUUUGGGAAAGAAUCGUACUAACAGAAUAUUUAGAUGAAGACUGGCUCGAAACAUUUAGAAUGGAAAAAUUUGUAUUUCUUUACAUAUGUGACAAACUACAAAAUAGAUUGCAACCUGCAGUACCAUUCUUGAUAGCUAGAGAAGCAAUUUCUGUACAAAAGGCAGUUGCAGUUACCAUAUUUUAUCUUGCAAGCUGCUGUGAAUACCGAGUUAUUGGUAACUUAUUUGGAAUUCAUAAGACAUCAGUGUGGAGAUGCGUCCACAAAGUUGUCAAAGCAAUAAAUGAUAUACUACAGCCAAUAUGGAUCAAGAUGCCUAAUGAAUUUGAAUGUACAAUGACUGCUCAAGUGUAUGAGGAACGUACACACAUCCCACAACUCAUCGGGGCUAUUGAUGGGACACACAUUCCUGUGUUACCACCUGCAGAUGGAUAUAAAGAUUUUAUAAAUCGGAAGGGAUGGCCAUCAAUAAUAUUGCAAGGUGUAGUUGAUCAUACACUGAGAUUCAAAAAUAUUAAUUGCCGUGCCCCUGGAUCAGCACAUGAUGCAGCAGUCUUCAAAGAAUCAAAUUUCUUUACAUACUACAAACAUUUAAUACCACAGAAAACAGUGACAUUAAAUAACGUUGAAAUACCCUUUAUGAUAAUGGGAGACCCAGCAUAUCCUUUGCUUCCAUGGCUGCUGAAAGGAUAUACCAGAUGUAGACGUCUAACUCCGGAAGAAGAAUCAUUUAAUGUUUAUUUAAACACUGGGCGUGUGGAUAUAGAAUUAGCAUUUGGACGUUUAAAAGCGCGGUGGCGUCGUAUUUUAAAAAGGAUUGAUACCCACUUCACCUUUGCGCCCCAAGUCGUAGCUGCCUGCUGUGUGCUUCAUAAUAUUGUAGAAUUUCACAAACAAGCAUUCAAAUAUGCAUGGAUGAGAGACAUUGGUGAAUUUAAUGUACUUUUUCCACAACCAGAAGGAACAAUGUCACAUGAAUAUGAUGAUUUGAAUGCAUCAAAUAUUAGAAACACACUCAUGAAUCAUUUAUCUCAAUUUCCCCUACGGAGAUCAUUCCGUUAAUGUAACAGGAUUAGUUUUCUGCAAAGAGCAUGAACUGCGCAUCCGUAUCAAAAUAGUACAAUACAUCAAAUGUGGUUGACAAAAAUUACAAAUAUUUUAUAAUGCAAAAGCAUUUUAUUAUGUGUUUACAUAAUAUACUUCUUUUAAUAUUAAUAUUUUUAUAUAAAAGUAAAAAAUAUUUUGUACAACUUUUGUAAAAUAAAGGGUAUUGUAUAA